GCGAUUUAUUCCUAUAGGUAGAUACGGAGUAAGGUAAGGAAGUCUAAUGAAUAGCUUAGAAAUAAUAAGCAGAGCCUCAGGAACCAUCUCCGUGUGAAGUUGAAGACCAACCUUGAACUUCUUUUCAAAUCAACUCAACCUUCAUCUGGAUUGUCAAUCUAUAUCUUGCGCUGUUCGCGAAGAAUCGACGAAUCAUGGUCAAUAUGAUGCGCGAUCAAUUCAACACGCAGUCACUGGGGAAGCCUUUGAAUACUAUAGUAAAGGAGGUAAGCGCACAAAGCUCACAAUGUCUUGUUUAUGAAGUGUGAGAAAUACUUCAAUUUUUGCUUUGUUUUUAUUUCCUGGUGGUUUAUGUUAGAUUUGGCGAUCCUACUAUCCAUCUUCUCCUCUGCAGAAAUAUAUAUGCUAUUUUGCUGGCAUUCUGUUUGUUUUAAGCGCUUGGUUGUAUGAAUUUCCUGCUUUUGCGGAAACCCAUUGAAAACGAAUUUGCCCACUAAACUUCUCAAAUAGGCACGCAUAUUGAUGGUAGGAGCUGGUGGAAUCGGAUGCGAAUUACUCAAGAAUUUGGUUUUGGCUGGUUUUGGAGAAAUUCACAUCGUAGAUCUGGACACUAUCGAUCUUAGCAACUUAAAUCGACAAUUCUUGUUUCGCCAUGAACAUAUUAAGAAAUCAAAGGCUUUGGUAUGUUGUUUAAGCUCGGCGGAUUUGUAUAUGCGCUGAUACAGAGGUAUACAGGUUGCGAAAGAUGCGGCGCAUAAGUUCAAUCCCAAAGUCAAGCUCGAGGCACAUCAUGCGAAUAUUAAGGAUUCACAGUUCAAUGUGGAUUGGUUCAAGGGAUUUACAAUGGUUUUCAAUGCGCUGGAUAACCUUGAAGCGAGGAGACAUGUAAACAAGAUGUGCUUGGCGGCGGAUAUACCUUUGAUUGAGUCGGGAACAACUGGUUUCAAUGGACAGGUUCAGGUUAUUAAGAAGGGAAAGACGGCAUGUUAUGAUUGCACGACUAAAGAAACUCCAAAGAGCUUUCCAGUUUGCACUAUUCGAAGUACACCAAGUCAGCCUAUUCAUUGCAUAGUUUGGGGAAAGAGCUAUUUAUUGAGGUACGUGGACUCGACGAGCGGAAAAGAAAUUCUACUAAGUUAAAAAAAGUGAGGUAUUUGGUGCUAGUGAGGAUGAAUCGACUGAGAUGGAUCAUUCAGAAGAUUCAGAAAAUGGUUUGUUGCUUCAUACUGUAUUCAAGUGCCUUGCUGACAUUAGGCAGCCAAGGAGAUUGAAAAGCUGCGGUUAGAGUCUCAAGCUUUGAAGAAGAUUAAAGAAUCGAUGGGUACCGAAGCAUUUCCUCGACUGCUCUUCGAUAAGGUCUAUAAGGAUGAUAUCGUUCGUUUAAGAUCUAUGGAGGAUAUGUGGAAAUCUAGACGGCCCCCUGAAGCUUUAGAUUACGCCACCCUUAGCGCAGAAGCAGCAAAUGAUGAGGCCACAAAGGAAGCUGUACUCAAAGAUGACCAACGAGUUUGGAAUUUACAGGAGAAUAUCAUAGUUUUCAGAGAUAGGUAAGUUACUUCUCAUUCGAUGUCAAGAAUUGACUAUUCUGACCCUAUCAGUUUGGAACGAUUGAGUAAGAGACUACAAGAAAUGAAAGCUACCUCAAACGGUGCUGACUCCGCGGAACCAAUAAUUACCUUCGAUAAAGACGAUGAAGAUACUCUGGAUUUUGUUACAGCGAGCGCUAACUUGAGAUCUAUCGUAUUUGGUAUUGAAACCAAAUCUCGAUUUGAUAUCAAGCAAAUGGCAGGUAACAUCAUCCCUGCUAUUGCAACCACCAAUGCUAUUGUAGCCGGUCUUUGCGUUCUACAAUCAUUCAAAGUUCUUCGUGGUGAUUACUCGAGUAGUAAAGAGGUAUCUCACCCCGAUGACUUAAAAUAACAAAAUCGUGUACUCACAAGCGUAGAUCUUUUUAUCUCCAUUCGCCCCGGAAAGACUCCUCUCCUCCUCCAAGUUUCGAGAACCAAAUCCAGAUUGUCCUGUAUGCAGCGUGGCACAAACACGUAUAUUGGUCGAUAUGUCAAGAGCCACACUUAGUGAUCUUGUCGAAGGUUUCUUGAAGAUUCAACUUGGGUAUGGAGAAGAGUUUGUGGUUAAUAAUGAAAGUGGACUACUUUAUGAUGUUGAGGAGACGGAGAAUUUGAAUAAGAAACUUAGUGAACUUGGUACGUUUGUUUACUGGUUGAUUAUUAAGCGACUGACUGACAUGAUAUACAGGUAUCAAGGGAGAUACUUUCUUAACCGUUAUUGAUGAAGAUGAUGAAAAUCCAAAAGGUCCUAGAGUUAACCUCGUACUCAAUGUACAAGAAUCGUAAGUUUUAGUCAUGUCACUGUCGUUGUCCAUAUCCUAAUAAUCAUAUAGCGAUACCACAAUGGAAGAUGCUCCUAUCAAAAGUCUCGACAUCCAUGCUAGCCCCUCGAUUUCCGCCGCCCCACUCCUUACCAAAGAACACCCCUCCAUUCCUCCCGAAUCGCCCAUUCCCCGUCGCAAGAAACCCGCCCCGGAACCAGAACCCACAGUUCCAACGAACGGCAAAACUACAAAUGGCAACGUCAAAUCCGUCACUGGGGAAGAACUUCAAAAUACCAAUACUAAUGGUGUCAAAAAGAGAACUGCAUCUGAUGCCCUCGGUAAUGAUGUUUCAAGUACAUCAAAGCGGCCAAAGCCUUCAUCAAAUUCUGGUGAUAUGUCAAUGGCUGCUUUGAAUGAUGGUAUUAUUGUAUUAGAUGAUGCAAAUGAUGGUGCUAUUAUGAUUGAUGAUGAUUAGAUGUUUAUAUGCAUCCAGAUGUAAUCAUCUUUAAUGUUUUGCACUCAACCCAUCCCACCUCAUUCAAACAUCUCCAUAUUCACGCCAACCAAACUUUCCACGAACAAUCAUACUAUUUCCUCCACCGAUCAAGUAAUUUAGAAACCCCUCCGCCCAAAAGUUACAUAGCGCUCAACCCACCAUCAAGAUUGAGCACACAAUUGUUGGCAUACUUAUUGGCCGCUAAAAAGACGGCGGCAUCGGCUAUUUCCGUAACCUCUCCAAAACGUGAGAGGGGAAUGGCGUUUAGUGCUUCUUUACGAGCGAGAUCGGUCAUGGCUUUAAUGAUCGUAUUAGUUGGGCUUUUUCUUUUGUUUCUUUUUUAAAAACGCAGUGUGAGAUGUGAGGUUUUGUACAUUAGAUUUUAAGAUUUGAGAUUUGAGAUGAGGGAGAAUGAGAUGAGGGGAGAGGUGGGGUUUUUAUUUUAAAAUAUUUUAGGGUGUAGAUGGUGUGGAUGGUGUGGUAUUUUGAGGGUUGGUAUAAAAAUGGGAGUGGGAGGAGAAAAUGAAUUUGCGAAGAUGAAUGAAUGGAUGGAUGGGUGGGUGGAUAUGCGGGACUGGAGUUAAUGCAUAGAAUAGCAGAGCAGAAUUCUACCAACAGCGCAACAUGAGAU